AUGCCAACCUACGCCGACCUCUACAACGAGAAGCUGCGUGCUUCUGGCCAGUCAGGACCAUCGAAUCCAGUCCGCCUCACUAUCUCGAAAGGCGACUAUGUCUUUGAUGCAGAGACUGGCCGCUUCCAAUACGAGGAGCGAUGGGAGGAGGAACACUUGAUGGAAGAUGAGAAUUACCUCGAUGCUCCGUCUCCCAAAGGUAACUCCGGCAGCCGCGAACCCUCGCCUCCUCCGAUGGCAGCUCUACAGCCCACACUACUCUUCGGACAAGCCGACAACUUGACUCAUCGGCCUUCACUAUGGGUGUUGGAUACCAACACACUCGUCUCGUGCCUCGACCUGCUCAAAGCCCUCUUUGCUGCGCUUCUGACGCGCAAUGUAGCAUACGCAGCUGCAGUCAAGAGGCCGACUCAGCAUUCGGCUGAACCGACACUUCCAUCGCCGAUCAAACUCGUCAUUCCAUACGUUGUCGUAUGGGAGCUUGAUGGGCUCAAGAUCACGAGCCGCAAGAACGACUCAGGUAGACCUGUCGCUUCUCAAGCGAGGGAAGCGAAUCAUUGGCUCUUCUCAGCUCUACAAAAGCAGAAACGGGUUCCUAUCGACCAAGCUGGCGCACAUCUUGCCGACACUCUUUGGCCUCUCUACGCCCAGCCAUCGGCUCACUACAACGGAUCGAAGCGCAAGAACGGUGCAAAUUCUCGGUUCACUUUCCAAGAUUCGCUCUCCUGCGACGACGAGAUCAUUAAGUUCUGCGUCGACCUGAAGCACAAAACACCCUCAAGCGUCUGUUUCUGCUCGGAUGACAUCAACGCACGCACCAAGGCAGAGAUGGAUAACAUCGACUCGUUGGGUAUGCGAGAGCUAGCUCGCGCUCUGAAGACGAAUGUCGGGGCUGCGCAGAGUACGGAAAGCAAGUGGAUGCUGGUUGCUGAUGCGCUGAUCGAGCAGUGGGACUAUCAGAACGGCACUGUCCAACAGCAUGAUCAGCAGCAGCAGCAGCAGCAACAGCAAAAUCUGCAACAGCGAUUCGACCCGCACUUGGCGCAGCAGCCUACGUGGCCGCUUGCUCUCGCUCCACACGCAAGUCAGUCGCUUGGAGCGACCACAUGUACCCAUCCCAUCGCUCCGCCUCCAGCCCUCAUCCCAGCUGCUCACAUUGCAACCAAUAGCGAGAUCCUCGAUAUGGACAUGGACACGGAGGAGAACCAGCCUCCUUCUCGUGCUGUACAGUCAACUCCAACUCCGAUAACCCUGACACCUGCCCGCUCUGCUCCUUCUCUCAAGCGCUUGUCCUCUGAAGGCCGCAGCACCAACGAUAGCAUACAUAGCCCGCAGAAAGUGCAGCGAUCCAGCAAGACCAAGCCACGGCGCUCCUCAGUCUACAAUUCUGUCUCUUCUGCAACCCCAUUUGCAUCCACAGCUGCCACAGCAGAACAAGAACAUACCAACGGCGAAGCACUCAAUCCUCAGCUCGACUGGGAGGAUUUGAUGCAGCAGUUUGGCCGGCCGAACAAAAAGUCUCGCAAUACCAGAUGGUAG